AUGAGGGAAAAGGGUGCCAGUGUGUUUGGCGAAGCGCCGAACAACGCGGCAGAACAGACACGACAAGAUAAGUCAGGUAGAGGAGACGAAAAACGCUCCAGACGAGCUGCCGGUCUAGCUGAGAGUGCUCACUUCACCGUCAAAGUAGAGGGGAGAGGAGCAGGAGGCACAGAAGAAGCCGGCCCGGAGGCGACAAUGAAGACAAAGCCGACGCGCGGAAGAACGAGGAAGAGCGAGGCAGAGAGGAGGCCAGAAACCGAUAAGAAGAGGGCAGUGAAGAGACGGGAAGCGACAACAAAUAAAGAGGAAGAGGAAGGCGCGGAGAGUGUUGCAAAGAAGCAGAUCGCGGGAAAGGGUGAGCGAGAGAGUCGCGAACGAGGGACACAGUCAAAGAGAAAGCGGAGACCCACAGAAGACGAAAACGCAGAGACAACUGAACCUCCAGCGUGUCCGAAAAACGGACGCACAAAGCAGGCGAAAAACUGUGAGCAAGAAACACAAACUGAUAACCUGAGGGGCUGGCGCCCCCGUGCAUUACGGAGCUGGAGAUCCCGCCUUCUUCUUCAACUUCAGCGGCGAGAACAACUCAGUGCAGAAAAUGCGACUCUAAACCCAUGUACUGUAAACAGUGUGCGCCCUGAAGCUCCACCCACGUCUUACCUUCCUCCAGACCAUCCUUCUUCGUGUUUGUCCGUAUCUUCUCCAUCGUCUUCUUCCUCUUCGUUUCCUUCGUCUUCUGCUUCUCCAUGCAUUCCUUCGUCUUCUCCAACUUCGGUCUGUGCGUCUGCUGAUUGUUCUUCAUUCUCGGCCUCUGCGGGCACUCCCUCUUGUGUCUCACCUCUUCACCCAAAUCGGGAGGGCGAAGGACGCCUCUCAGCUGCGCAUGCAUUUGAGGCCUUCACGUACACCGGCGCUGAGGGGAGCAGCCUGUCCGCUCUUCGAGGGACGCCUGUGAAGAGGCGAAAUGGAGGCCGGUCUCCGAUGUCUCCUAUGGAGGGGAGGUGUCGAGGAGGCGCUGCCUCUGCAGGUCCAGAGGAGCGUCACGGUCAUCCACAGCCGACUUUGGGGGGUUGGGAAACUCCGGUGAGACCUCGCCGUGACUCCGCCGCUCCUGCGACGGUUCUCCCCUCAGUCCAGGCAGCGACCGCGGUCGCCGCACUUCGCGGGGGCGCAUGCAUCAGGGAAAACAAAGAGAGGCGCAGUGUGGCUUCGACCUCUCACGAUGUGUCUGGCACUGGAUCCCCCUUCUGUGCUCCUGGUUCGUCUCUCCCUCGCUCGUCAGUCGACCUCUCACUCUCGGGGGGUGCUGCGCCUUCAAAGUGCGUUGGGGUCUCAAUCUCUCCUUCGCUGUCUCCGUCGAACUCUGGCGACCUUGACAAGGUCGCGUCGCCUACAGAAGGAAGUCAAAGAAACUCCAUUCUGGCAUUUUGGGAAGAAAUCGACCGACGAAGGACUCUCAGUCCCUCAGAGGUUGCUGCCACCUUCACCUGCCCCGUCUGUGGAAUCCAGGGGAUGCGAUUUGUCACUGGCCGCUACGGCGCCUUCCUGGGUUGUUCGAGCUUCCCCGCAUGUCGCGGGAAGAGGUCGGGCCGCGAGGUGGAGCUGUGGCGGGCAGGGGGGCCUGCGGGUCACAAACGGCGGAACGCGAAGUUGACCCUGACAUGCGAAAUGGAGUCUUGCUCUUCUUUUCGUGUGCAUGCGCAAGGCGACUCAGAAGUCGGAGAGUUGCUGCGCCUAGCGCUUCCCUCAGUCAUCCAAGGGGCCGCCGAGGCAUUCUGGAAGAAGCAACGGGGGCAGGCAAAAGAUGGAGAAACGAGCGAGAGGACGGCUCGCUUCCGAGAGGUAGAGAGGGCAGAAGGCCCGAAAGAGGAAGGCGUAGCCGAGCAAGCAAGAGGCAUGCAGAUGCGUGAGGGCGACAGCCAGGCUGAGGCACCUGCAAGCAUGCAUUAUCGAUCUAGCGGAGCAAGGAUGGACAGCGAAGACAGAGAAACAUUUACACGGGUUGCGGGAGACGCGGUCGACAAAGACAACAGUUGUGUCUCGUGGACACGAGACGAAGGCUACACUUGUGACUCUCCUCACGAGUGUCAGAGAGUCCAGAGAGACAGCAGAGACACCAGCGCGCGAAACGACAUCCCAGACCUCCUGCGCCCUCUUUCCUGGUUACCCCGCGUAGAUCGUUUGAAGAGCCGCAAAGCACCCUGGGCGGCUUUCUUGCCUUUCAUCUGUCGCGCGGGAGAGAUGUGGCGUCAGACGGCCGGAGACGGAAGUCGACAUCUCAAAGAGAGUUCUUCUCGUGCCGCGUCGGACCGUCUCAGUUCGACGCGAGGGGGUUCAAACAUACCGACUGAUGAAGGCGUUACAGAGAGGAGGCAGAGUGUGAAGGACGAUCUUUUGAAUUCUGCUUCUCCUUGCGACGAGUCCCUCUUGCGCAUGCUCCUCGCGGGCCUACCUGGCGGCGAGCGACGAACUGCUGGAGACGAUUGCACGGCACAGCGCCCGCCAGACUGGGACUGGACGGUAGGCUGUCUCGCUCCCCCAGGUGUCCCGUUAGUUGGCCUGGCGGGUCGCGCAGGCGUGAGGGAGCCUGCAGAAGGCGCAUGCAAUGGACGAAACGAGGGCGAUGCAGUUGAUACUUUUGGCGAGUUUCCAGGUGACACAAAAACCGACAAAGGUGGGUUUGGAAGCGCACGGGAGAGGCAGAGGGAGGCGACGGAGACUGGAGUGGAAGAUACAGGUGACCUUCCGUAUGUCGACGGCUGCGUCUUCGUGCUUGAGGCCUACGAGUGGAUCAUCAGCAGCCUCGUAGAGCAGACCAGCGAGUGGUGCCACGUUGCCCCGAUUCCAGGUCUCACCCUCAGAUUCUUUAGAGAGUACCAUGACCGCACGGGCGAACGCGAGAACGCCUUCUUCGUCGGAGACCAUCAGACAGCGCUGGCCAUCGCCAAUCAUCGCAUGCCUCCCCUGCUCCGCAAGUCGCUUUUUCCAUUUCAACUCGAAGGCAUUCUUUUCGCGCUUCAACGCGGCGGGCGGGUUCUAAUUGGCGACCAAAUGGGACUAGGCAAGACCAUCCAGGCUCUCGCUCUCCUGAGUAUCUACAAAGCUUUUCCCGUCCUUAUUGUCGUUCCAGCUUCCCUGCGCCUCGUGUGGGCUGAGGCGAUUGAGCGCUGGUUACCCUCCCUCAGUUGUCCCUCUGCUCUCCUCGUCAUCUUCGGUAGCGACGACAGGCCGGCGCUUCCUGCCCCUUCCCCCGUUGGGUCUCCCGGCCAUGUCCCUUCCUGCUUUAGGCCUCCGGUAUCCGCGUUUCUUGAGCCUUCGGCUUCUGGAAAUUCUCCCCCCUUGUCUUCCCUCGACCUCACGUCUCCCCUCGGGUUGUCCACAGCCCUGCCGUCUGCGUCUGCAUUGCCUAUCAAAUCGACUGUCCUCUCCUCCCGCUCUUCUCCCGCUUCCCUGGCUUCGCCCCUAGGUUCCUCGCCACCGGCCGCUUGGGCUCCGUCCGGAGUCGCCCCCGCCGAAGCCUCUCAGCUGCCUGCCUCGCCUCAGAUUGUCCUAACUUCCUACGAGAUGACCCGCCGCCUGCCGGACUUUCUCAGUCAAAUGAACUUCCAGAUGGUCAUCGUGGACGAGAGCCACAAACUCCGCACUCCUGCAAGUGCCGGCGCUGUUUCCGGACUCGAGGCGGACAUGACGCGGCGAGUCCUGCAGCUCAUCAAAGCUGCCACAUACGCUGUGCUCCUCACCGGCACACCCAGCGUGAAGCAUCCCUUCGAUCUUUUCAGCCAAAUCGAUGCUCUCCGGCCUCCCAUGGAGCCCCAGGCCUGGCGGCAGAGACAGGCGCGCGUCAGGGCCGACUGGGCGAGGUUCCGCCGCGAAGCGGAGACUGCGGGGGCACCUCGGAGCAGAGACCUCCGCGAGCGCGUGCGAGGCCCGGCGGGCCAGACUGGCGCGUGGGCGGAGGCGGAGGAAGAACCUGGAUGGCGGGGGGCGGUGCGGGGGGCGGCGGAUUGGGGGAAUGAAACUGAGGGUGGUGAAAGGGCAGGUGGAAGAACCUCCUUCUUUUCUGGAGACAAGGUGGGGAGGCUUGAAGCUGAUGGCGCGUCAGCGACUGCCGCCCCGGACCAGCUCAAACCGACGCGUGGUGAGGAGAAGGCGGCGAGAUGUAGAAGGACGAGUUUUGCGGCGCGACCCCGGCGAUACGCCCACGAAGGGAACAUUUUGCGAGCCGACAGAAUCCAGUUUGGAGAGGAGUACUGCACGUCGGUCUUGACCUACGGAAGUCGGAAGCGCUAUGGCAUUUCGGCGCGGAGCUGGGAGCUACAUCUUCUUCUCACGACGGCGGUGCUCAUUCGCCGCAGGCAUCUGAGCUCGUGGAGAGAACCGGGUCCUCAUGGAAAGCCCGGACGCUGGGGACUUCCAUCGAAUUCGUCCGCCCCACGCCCUCCGGGAGGAGACGCAGGCCAGGUGGCACGGGCCUCGGGAGGUUCCGGGCUCCCUCGGCGAGUCUCCGGAGCUUGGGACGGAGAACCCAAGUCCGAAAACGGAGACACACAGACAGCCGGAGACAGGCGGAGUGACGACGGCAGACACCGACGACUCUCCGGAUUCGGGCAAGAGAAAGAGCGAAACGACGAUGAGAGAUGUGAGGGGUUUGAAGGCGGGGCAGCUGCAGGACAGGUCCGAGAAGACGAACAGGCGUGGGGAAGGCCGCGAGAUGAUGCGGGGGAAACGAGGCGGAAAGCAGAAGAAGGAAAAGCAAUUCAGGAAGACAAAGAAGGUGCGAUGUUGUCUCCAGACGGCGGGGAUUGCCUUGCUGUCCCUCCACCGUGCAUUCGAAUUCUCCAGGCACUGCAACUCACCGGAGAGAACCAAGCGAUUCAUGCAAUCGCCGUCGCCACAGUUCUUCGGCGACCCCCCUUUUCGUCGCUUUGCCAGGAGGUGCAGAGACUUUGCGACGAGCGGCAGAAAUCAGCAAAAGACGAGCUUGCGCGACAGACAGAAGCACAGCUGGGGUUGGGAAAGAGAACCGAACGCACGCGCGGAAGCGGACACAGUGCGAAAGGGAAGACGAGGAGCUCUGCAGGGCGCCGGAAGGGGGCAAGCGGGGACAAGGUAGGAGGACCUGAGGACAGAGAGGAAGCAGGAGGAGCAGAGCCGAGGGGGAGGGAACUGCAUUCACCGGAGAAACGCAAAGCGAAGAACGACGAAGAGUGUGGACCAGGGAAACGAAGGAAGACAGACGAAAAGAGACCCAACGAUGACACCUCAGGGACACAGCAACGUCAGGACGUCGGAAAAGGCGGCAGGGCGAAGCGAGAGAACGAUCCAUCAGCCGGGCGUCGAGCCAGACUGGUGAAGGAGGAGAGAGACGCAACAGGAGAUGCAGCGAUCGAAGUGAAUUUCGAAGCUUCCAAAGACGUCGAACACGCCAAGUGCAGUGGCGCGGAAGAUCCUGCGCUCUCGCAGUCGACAAAGCGGUACUUAAAGACAAACAACGGCAACCCGCAGCAGACAGAGAAAACGCGAAGGGCGUCCCAGAGCCGAGGAAAAGCUCCAACCGGGAGGCCGGUGCCCUCCGGUGUCCAUGCCGGCGAGGAGGGAUCGAACCAGAGCGGCACGACUGAUGCAAAUAUGUUUCGAAACAACAGUGGGGCAGGGAGAGAUACGUCAGUUGAUGACACAGCUGGAAUUUUAGAAAGGUUAGAAGGUGAGAUGCCCAUGCAGGAUGAAGGUCACGAACUGGGCGGAGGAGGCGACAUACGGUCAGCCCUAUAUCUACGCGCAGUUGAGAAAAUUGCAGAUGCACUUGGAGGCAGCCUCGACCGCUGGACUGUCAAGACCGAAGCUGAGCGAGUGGGUCUGUCGAAGGUGAAAAGCGCUCUUCAGUGGCUGCGAGAGAAAUUCCUCAGAGAUGAUGCAGAAGACGACGAGCAAGACGAAGAAGAAGGAAACGACGACGAAGGUAAUUCUCUGACAGAAGAACCUGAGUUUGACGGAUCCCAGUCAACGAAGAUUGUCAUUUUUGCACAUCAUCGUCGAGUCUUAGACUGUCUGGAGCAAGGCCUCCGGUCCUUCCAGAAACGGUCGGAGAGAGGCGGGCGCCCUGGGGGCUCGCGAGGCCGGUGCCGCGGCGCGUCGGAGCUAGCCAACGCUCCAGCACUCCGUGAAGCCGCGGACAGUCUAUGGGAGGGAGACUCUGCACGGAGAGCUGCUUUCGGCUUCGUUCGAAUCGACGGAAGCGUGCCGGAGGAAGAGAAAUUCAGACGACGAGAAAUCUUCCACAAGGUGCCCCAGUGCAAGAUUGCCCUUCUCUCCGUCACGGCGUCGAGCCACGGGGUGGACCUCUCAAACGCGAACGUGUGUGUGUUCGUCGAGUUGCUUCCAGAGCAGCACGAGCUCCUCCAAGCCGAGGGCCGCCUCCAGCGUCGCGGUCAGAGGCGGCAAGUCACGACUUUUUUUCUGAUUAAUAGAUUUCUCGGAGAAGACGCAGAUGCCGAAGGCUUAGGGGCCGAGAGCGCGGCUGAAGGCGACAGCUGGCGCCUCCUGACCAGCGAUGCAGAGACGACAGAAGCGGCAAUAGACGCGUCACUGGCGUCUCCAUCCUGCGGGGAGGGAUCGUCUUCAUCUCUCCCUUCUCCUCGUUCUGCUUCGUCACCUGUCUCCUGCCCUUCGCAAUCGGCGUCCCUGGGAACCAAGUCUGAGCCCUGCACGCGUGUCCGCCUGAGGGAUUUGCUAACGCGGUUUUGGCGAGAGGUCCUGCGAGAGAAGAAGCGACUUCUUGCUGAGUGCGAGAACCUCGAUGUCUCGGCCUGGCGGCGGUACUCUGCAUGCGCCGCCGCCAUUCACCACGUCGUCGACGGUCCUACUGAGGCAGCGGAAGGCGAUACAUUCCCUCUCAAAAUUCACCAGCAAGCUGAGUGGGUCGGUGCUGCUUGUCGCGGAGAAAGCGAAGGCAGGCAGACACUCAAUGUUGGCGAAGAGUCUGAGCAGAGACGUGAAGGAGACAAAGACGCCGGGGAGAGUGAAGACCAGCAAGAGAGUAUCGGAUCCGAGGAGGCGAAACAAACGGCGGUCACGGCUGGGAGCACGCAAUACGACUCCAAGUCGGCAGACACAACCGGACGAAAUUGGGCGCCUGAACGCGGGGUCGGUGCGCAGAUGGAGCGCCAUGAGAACAAGGAAGCAAGUUCGUGCAGACACACCUCGAACAAGCCUGUUUUCUUAGAGACUGUCUCCACGACGGUUGGCUUGCUUGGUACGGUAACGGAGACGCAGGUGGCCAAUGAGGAGCUAGUCCACGGACUGAAAAGCCGGACAACACCGUCCGAAACUUCGGUCACCCUUCCUUCUAUCUCUCCAUCGAACAAAACGCUCGACAGGAGACGUCGCCCUGCUUUCUGUCUCGCCUCCGGCUUUUGCAGUGGAAGCGGCGAUUCAGAGUUCAAGAGCGGGAGUAUCCCAGAGAUCAGCGAGACGCAGCCUGAGUUGCACUAUCACGCGCAAUCUCUGCACAGCGGAAUGGAACGCGAGUUGGGGGCUGGGGAGGCGGACGACGACAACCCACUUGCGACGCAUGUGGCGCCGAGGGAUUUACGUUUCAUCGUGUCGCCGUACACAAAGCGCGUUCAUGUGCUUCGAGUUUGGAACACAAGGGACGUCACUUCUCGCAUGCAUACACGUUCUCCCGGCCAUCCGUCGCCCUCUUUCCCUUCAGCCACCUCCUCUUCUGUCUCGCCAGAUUCUUCCGAUUCCGUCCCUCCACCUUCUCCGUCCUCUGAGGUGCCUUCCUCGGGUCCCGUUCCUCCAUCAGCGCUCGACAGCCAGGCGCCAUCUCUUUCUGAAGCCCCUCACUCUUCCCUCUCCUUUCCCGGUGGUUCUUCACUUCGUCCGGAGUCCCUCGCGCCUCUUCCUGUCGACAUCGCUGGGCAGUCGUUCUUAGAGAGUCAAACGGGUACGCGGUGUGUCUCUUUCGCUCGCGACGCCUGUCUCGCGGUCGAGCCUUUGGGAAUCUCGUUUCCCGCUGAGGAACUGCUUGCGCCAGGCGCCUUUCCUGGAGCUGUCUCUUGCACUGCGACUGCCUCGAGGAUUUCCUUCAGUGAGGUACCGAUGUUCUGCGCCACAGGGCAAAGGCCUGAGGUGCCAGGCCGGGCUCCUGGUUCAGGCGCUUCAUCAGACGUCCUGUGGCGUCGCUCUGGGCCUUGGAGGAAAAGUGAAACGGAAUCCCGCGAAGGAUUUGAGGACAUGGUGAAAGGCUAUGCAGCCCGUUUCUACGCAGAGUACCUCUCCCUUACUUCCUACCAACGACGCAAACUCCGAAACGUGUAUGCGCCGCUGGGCCUCCACGCCUGGAUUGCUUCAGGGGCUGUCUUGACAGCCGGCAAAGCGCAUGCGGCGGGCGCGUCUGCUAGUCGUCCUAUCUGCGAAGGUUUUGCAGGUUACAAUUCCCCAUCCGUUCUUCAGAUUGUUUCUCCCUUUUUUUCGGAACCGUUCCACACACCGAGAACGUAUCAUCAAGGCCAGGCGCCUCCUUACGAAGACAGAAAAGACGUCGCAAUCGGGUGCCCGAGGCAGUGGCCUGUCAAGCUCCCACGGUCCUUCCGGGACCUCCCGCUCCAGGCCUACUUCGAAACCAUGCUGCACAUGCACUAUACGCAGUGCAUGCGACGCAGCAGUCUGGCGCACUUGGGAGAGAAGGCAGCCGAAGGACAAGACUCACUGGCAACUGUCUCUGGUUGGGGCACACCCAGUGACAGCAACUAUUUUGUUCCCUCGCGGUACUACAUGUUGGCCGGGGAGACACCCACAGAAGAGGCCCCAGGCCUAGGACACAACAGGGCGCGUGCAGCCGGCAAGGCUCCGCGGGUCGGACUCCAAGAGUCGCGGGAGUGUGAAGCUGAGGCAAGGACGGAGCCCCCAGAAGGCGACGGGACUAAGGGUGCACAACGCGCGAGUGCGGGAUCUCUGGCAGUCGACGCCUCUCGUUCAUGCUCGCCUCAUGCGUCGCAAGAGAAUGCCACCGAGACACAUCCAUUUGCGUCCGCGAAACCCAGGCGCAGCGACGCCUUGCGGGGCUCUGCUGCGUUGCGUGACGGAAGUGAGCAUGCAGUGAAGAAGCGCAAAGGACGAGAACCGAGACGCGAAAACCCCAAAAUACAAGGAGACGGAGGACCAGACGGGAUGCAGGGGACUGUGGCGAAGGCGAGGACAGGUGGCGCGGGACCGCGAAGUUCGGGUGGUGCUCCCGAUCUGCGGUGGGACGAGGACGAAGAGGAAGACGGCAGUGAGGGUGGUGCGUUUGACGAAACACUGCAGCGUCGCAUUCCUGCGCCUGCACUGCCCCCACAGAGUGUCUCUGUGACACGGGGUCUUUCGUCGGCAAUCCCAGCCACCUCCACGAUGGUCCCAGGUGUCAAGGAAGAGUCGUGGCGGGGCGCGGAUGAACCUGCGAUCACAGGAUCUCUGGACCCGUCCCAAUGUGCCCUCUCGGGAGACGGCGAAGGCGCUGGUGGUGUAGAGACAGAUAGAGCCCUUUGGCAGGGAUCAGCACACACGUAUCAGAGAAAGAGGCAUGGCUCCACAAAGGCUCCUGCGUACCCGUGUGACGCUGUGUUGGGAGCCGCACAGAGUUUCUCUGAUGAUCCAGCUGUUCCCUUGAAGCUCACCACAUCACGGUUCUUCCCACCAUCUUCGUGGGAAAAUGUUGCCUUGCCUUCCAAGGCCCCAUCGUCUCUGAAUUCUAAGAUACCACCAAGUUGGGGACGAAUUCGUAGGCUCACGGGUUCGUCUUUAUCGAGUGAAACGAAAGAUGGCGCAUGCACCAGCUCUGAUGAUAUCGUUGAAAGCGUGGACACCGUCCCGCCUUGUCCUUCGCCGACGCCCUCGGUGUCCCCUCGCUUCCCACGGGUCUUAUCGAGAGAACAUGAGACUGGAGGAGAACGGGUUGGUGUUGAAAACAGACUUCGAUUAGAUCGAUAUCCAAAAGAAGAGCACGACUGUCGCCUUGCAUAUGUCAGGGCGCUGGCCACAUAUAGUCGUCUUGGAGGCUCUUGCGUCACGUACUAUCAACCUGUUUUUCUAGGUCCGUCCCGCCCCACCUUGCGUGUGAAUCUGUCGCAGGUCGAUGUGCCCCUGCAGACACUAGUAGACAAAUGUCCCCUGAUGGAUUCCCUGGAAGAGGCGAGCCACGACGGCGGCGCCUGCUCUUCGCCCCCUCAGCCCCUCUGUCUCAUGUGUUACCAGCCGCUUGUGGCACUGAGUACCACACGCAAGUGGAGUCGAAAAUUGACAAACUCUGGAAGGGAAACGAAAGCGAAAUGUGAACGCCCUCUGUCAGGCUCUGGUACUCCUCAAUACGGGGUGAAAGCGGAUGGUGACAGUGAGGAACAGAGAUCACUCAUGCUCAGUGAAGACGAGAAAGAAAAAGAUCAGGAGAGUAAGGGUCAAAAGGCAGACUGUGGUGACAACGCGACUCGCAGUGCAAUGCGAAAAGCCGACGCUCUACAAGGCUCCACGCCGCCCGUGGGCCAGAUCACGGCGAGGGGUCUCCGCGUUUCGAAGCGCGGCAAAGGGAGACCAAAAAACGAACUGGUGGGCGACGGCGUCUCGGUGGGGGAUCUUGAGAGGCGGAACGGUUUGCCGGUAUAUGAAUGCCGGACACAAAAGAACAAAGCAGACGGAUCGCCUUCAGAUGGCCGCUCUGACUCCCAGCUACAAACGGAUGAUGAGGCCACUUUGGCAUUGCACGACGAAAGCGGGUCCGAGCUGUGUCAAAGGGGUGCCCAGGUCAUUUUCGCGAAGAAAGAGGAAGGCGAUGCUUUCGGACCGUGUCACGACAUGUGUAGUGACGAGUGGGAAGUCCGGUGCAGUGACAACGACUUGUUCUGUAGUGGAGCUUGCAGAGCUGCCUUCUUCGCGCGCAGGAAUAGUGACAGUCUGCGUAGACAAGUAUUCCGAUCUGAUCGCGGCAUCUGCAGUGGCUGCGGCAUCGAUUGCGUCGCCUUGCUUGCGGGUGUCAAGAGCAUGCGAGAGGAGGGCCGAAACGCUGCAGCAAUAGGCGAGUUCAUCUUUUCCUUCGCUCCCACAUUCAGGGCCUUUCCGACCCUUGCUGCGCUACUGAUUCGCGAACCAGUCGAUGGCAACGCAUGGCAUGCAGAUCAUAUAAUUCCGGUCCACCAGGGGGGGGGCCUUUGCGAUCUCACAAAUGUGCAGACGCUCUGUCGAGCUUGUCACCAACUUAAAACGAACCGUGAAACGUCGCUGCGUGCCCACCGAAGUUGGAUGGCACGUCAGGCAGGGUUGAGCACGGUUGAAAAUCCACUAUCAUUAACGCAGUGA